UUCCCCCGGUCACAUAUCACAGAGACGCACAUUUUGUUGUCAAAAGAUUUUCCACGUUGUUAGCUAGCUCGAGCAUGAAUGUGGCUUCGGAGACAUAUCGUAUCUUUAUUGAACUCAGUAACUAAAAGGCAGUAUGGUUGGAAAGAUAAAGCGGGUCCGUGAAAAGCUUCAUCAGGCUGCGGUUAAACUUGACAGUCCACCGUCCGGUAGCGCAAGAUCCACAGAUUUAGAAAAGGCACCGAUUCCAAGUGGUUCAUUCAUCUUCGAUGUAAACAAAACAAACAAUGCACAGUUGCACAUAAGGAAGGAUGAAAACGCGAAGACCCCACUGAGUUCCUUUCCAAGUGGAAUCUUUGCUGGCACACAAAUCAGCCCUGAAGCCCUCGUGCAAACUCUGAAGUUUGAAGAACCAUCCAAUGACACUGUUACACCUGCACAGAAAGCCCCGGAGGAGAAGAAGCAGCAGACAAAGAAAGAGAAGAUGAAGGAGAGGCGAGACAGGUGGCUUAACAAGAUCAGCUCCAUCAAGCUGGCCAAGGAGCAACAAGUGGCCCAGGCUAAGAGGGCAGCCAUGCCCGUUGUAGGUGACAUGAGGCCACUGGCAGACGCCCUGCCAGAACUCUGCCAGCUCAUCCCCUCCACCACCAAGACCUCCAGAAAGGCCUCCAGAAAGAACCGUGUGCCAGUGAAGAAGAAGCCAGAACCAACAGACUUCAGCCUGAUGAAGCCAGCACAAAAACGCAAACUCCUGGAGAGUGAGACCAGUCGGUUUAGUGAAGCUGUGAAGAACCUGGCACACAGCAAGACUAACCCUCUGGCAGCUAUUGGUGAGCAUCUGAGGAAGAGACUGAAGCAGGAAGAGGAGCAGGGGCCUAGCUAACGUGUUCGACUGGAGGCGCCAUUUGGAUCUGCAGUAGAGCAGAGACAGGGGGUCGUGUUUGAGAUCGACUACGCUGCAGUCGGCAACUGCAGACUGACUGACUGAUCUAGAAAUAACCUUUUGCAUCCUAUAUAACUACUUAUUGUUAUUUGUCGAUCAGUCAUAAAUUGAUGCUUUCGAACACGGCGAUGGCACACGAAAGACCCUGCCUUUUAUUUAAGGGUGAUGCCUGCAUCCCUGAGCCCAAUCUACCAAACCUGCCAAAAUCAAUGGGCUCUUUUUGAUUGAAGUGGUUUUGGUCAUUGUGCACUAUACCAGUAAAACAUCAGAGGACGUACAGGUUGUCUGAGUAACGGCAAAGUUCACAACGCCUAAUUAGAUCAUGCCCCCAGUUCUAUAGAAGUUGAAAAUGAAUAGUUACCUUUGUGGAUGAGGGAAAAACAAACUGAUGUUGUAAAUGUUAAGAAUAGAUCUGUCAUCAAAACGUCUCCUUUCAAUUUGCGUACAGUGUCUCUUCCACUUUUUCUUUUAAGCAAUAUUAAAAAUGCAAUACAGUACA